CGCUGGCGCCUUGUACUGAGCGGACUUGAGUGACAGGCUGCAGCGUACCUGGGCUCCUCAGGCUCCCCUGUAUGGCUGUGGAUUAGCUAUAUGCUAAUAACGACAGGAGUGAGGAGCGGCGGCGAGGAGCUGCGAGCCCACAGCGGAGGCUAACAAAGUCUGAGCAGGCUCCAGAAUGGCCAUGGCUGAAGGCGAAGGGGAAGAUGAGAUACAGUUCUUACGGACAGAUGAUGAGGUGGUCCUGCAGUGUGUGGCGUGCAUCCAGAAGGAGAAUCGCAAGUUCUGCCUCUCUGCUGAGGGAUUCGGCAAUCGGCUAUGCUACCUGGAACCCACCUCAGAGGCCAAGUAUAUUCCUCCAGACCUGUGCAUCUGUAACUUUGUGUUGGAGCAGUCACUUUCUGUAAGGGCACUGCAGGAGAUGCUGGCCAAAACUGGGCAAAGUAAUGACAGGCUCAUUAGAAAGGCAGCCCAUGGAGGCGGACACAGAACACUGCUGUAUGGACACGCCAUCCUCCUCCGACACUCCCUCAGUGGAAUGUACCUGACUUGUCUGAAGACGUCCAGGUCUCUGACAGAUAAGUUGUCUUUUGAUGUGGGCCUUCAGGAGGACUCCACAGGUGAGGCGUGUUGGUGGACUAUCCACCCUGCCUCUAAGCAGAGAUCCGAAGGGGAGAAAGUACGUAUCGGUGAUGACCUGAUCCUCGUCAGUGUGUCAUCUGAACGCUACCUUCACCUGUCCCUCUCUAAUGGCAGUGUUCAGGUAGAUGCGUCCUUCAUGCAGACACUGUGGAAUGUCCAUCCAACAUGCUCGGGCAGCAGCGUGGAGGAAGGAUAUCUCCUUGGUGGUCAUGUGAUACGCUUGUUCCAUGGGCAUGAUGAGGUCCUGACGAUCCCAGCUUCAGAUCAGAGCGAAGAGCAGCAGAGAAUAGUCAACUACGAGUCAGGCAAAGUGGGAGUCAAGGCCCGGUCUCUAUGGAGAUUGGAACCUCUACGGAUCAGUUGGUGUGGCAGUCACAUCCGCUGGGGGCAGCCGUUCCGUCUACGCCAUCUCACCACUGGCCAGUACCUGGCCCUGUCUGAUGACUCAGGCCUACUUCUGCAGGACAGAGAGCAGUCGGACACGGCCUCCACCGCCUUCUGCUUCCGUGCCUCCAAGGAGAAGCUGGAGCAGAGCCCCAGGCGGGACAUAGAGGGCAUGGGUGUGGCUGAGAUCAAGUACGGCGACUCGCUCUGCUUCGUCCUGCACGUAGCUACGGGCCUAUGGCUCUCCUACCAGGCACCUGACGUGAAGUCUGCCCGUCUGGGCUCCCUCAAGAGACGAGCCUACCUCCACGCAGAAGGGCACAUGGACGAUGGCUUCACCCUCCAGCGCUGUCAGCAUGAGGAGUCACGCGCCGCCCGCAUCAUACGGAACACAACCAGACUCUUCAGCCGCUUCAUCAGGGAUCUGGACGGGCUAACUGGGAAGAACCGCAUGGCUGUGCUGCUCCCCAUCCAGGAAGUUCUCCAGACACUCAAGGACCUCAUCACCUACUUCCAGCUACCCGAUGCUGAACUGGAGCAUGAGGAGAAGCAGAUUAAGCUUCGAUCGCUCAAGAACCGGCAGAACCUCUUUAAACAGGAGGGGAUGCUGACGCUGGUGUCAGACUGCAUCGAUCGACUGAGCGUGUACAAUAGCGCGGCACACUUCAGUGAGUGUGCGGGGGAGGAGGCAGGACUGGCCUGGAAGGACAUUCUUCACCUUCUCUAUGCGCUGCUGGCUGCUCUGAUUCGAGGGAACAGGAACAAUUGCACACAGUUCUCCCACAACCUGGACUGGUUGGUCAGUAAGCUGGAGAGACUGGAGUCAUCCUCAGGAAUUCUCGAGGUCCUGCACUGCAUCCUGAUUGAGAGCCCGGAGGCGCUCAAUAUCAUCCAGAGAGGGCACAUCAAGUCCAUCAUCGCGCUGCUGUACAAACAUGGUCGCAACCACAAGAUCCUCGAUGUGCUCUGUUCUCUCUGUGUCUGCAAUGGAGUAGCAGUAAGAGCCAAUCAAAACCUCAUCUGUGAUCACUUGCUCCCAAAGAGAGACCUGUUACUCCAGACAAGACUGGUCAAUGAUGUCCAAAGUAUGAGACCCAACAUCUUUCUGGGCGUUAGGGAAAGUUCUGCUCAGUAUAAGAAGUGGUACUUUGAACUGAUGAUCGACCAGGUGGAGCACUUUGUGACCAGCGAGCCCUCUCACCUGCGGGUGGGGUGGGCCUCCACCAAAGGCUAUGCCCCCUACCCCGGUGGUGGAGAAGGCUGGGGGGGCAAUGGGGUUGGGGAUGACCUCUAUUCCUACGGCUUCGAUGGACUUCACUUGUGGUCAGGGAGGAUCCCUCGACGCGUGGCCUCGGUGAACCAGCACAUACUCACAUCAGACGACGUGGUCAGCUGCUGCCUAGACCUGACUGCCCCCAGCAUUUCCUUCAGGAUUAAUGGGCAGCCUGUGCAGGGCAUGUUCGAGAGCUUCAACACGGACGGCCUCUUCUUCCCCGUGGUCAGCUUCUCAGCCGGGGUCAGGGUGCGCUUCCUCCUGGGUGGUCGUCACGGAGAAUUCAAGUUCUUGCCGCCGUCAGGCUAUGCCCCAUGUUACGAGGCUCUUCUGCCCAAGGAGAAGAUGCGUGUGGAGCCUGUGAAGGAGUACAAGAGGGACAUGGACGGAGUGAGGGACCUGCUGGGCACCACACAGUUCCUUUCACAGGCGUCAUUCAUACCCACACCCGUGGACACCUCUCAGAUUGUCAUGCCUCCUCACCUGGAGAAAGUGCGUGACAGACUGGCUGAAAACAUCCACGAGCUCUGGGCCAUGAACAAGAUCGAAAUGGGCUGGUCUUACGGCAAGAUGAGGGAUGAUAAUAAGAGACAGCAUCCCUGCCUUGUGGAUUUCUCCAAACUACCUGAAACAGAGAGGAAUUACAACCUGCAGAUGUCAACGGAGACCUUGAAGACCCUGCUGGCAGUGGGAUGCCACAUUGUUCAGGUCCAUGUCAGCAUUGAGGAAGAGCUACAGAAAGUCAAACUCCCCAAGAACUACAUGAUGUCAAAUGGCUACAAACCCACUCCGCUGGACUUGUCUGACGUGAAGCUGACCUCUGGCCAAGAGCUCCUGGUGGACAAGCUUGCGGAGAACGCUCACAACGUUUGGGCCAAAGACCGGAUCAAGCAGGGCUGGACCUAUGGCAUUCAGCAGGAUGUGAAAAGCAAGCGUAAUCCUCGCCUGGUGUCGUAUUCUUUGCUUGAUGAGCGCACAAAGAAGUCAAACCGGGACAGUCUCCGUGAGGCCAUCCGCACGCUUAUUGGAUAUGGCUAUAACAUUGAGCCUCCUGACCAGGAGGGUGGCCAUGUUGUGGAGAGGCUGAGCAUCGACAAGAUCCGCUUCUUCCGCUUGGAGAGGACAUACGCAGUGAGAAAGGGCAAGUGGUACUUUGAGUUCGAGACAGUGACCGGCGGAGACAUGAGGGUGGGCUGGGCUCGGCCGGGCCUGCGGCCCGAUGUGGAGCUGGGCACUGAUGACCAGGCUUACGUCUUCGAUGGCUACAGGGGCCACCGCCUCCACCAGGGUAGCCGGCUGUUUGGCCGCUGCUGGCGCGCUGGGGACGUGGUGGGCUGCAUGAUCAACAUGGAGGACAAGUCCAUGAUCUUCACGCUCAAUGGAGAGAUCCUUAUCACCAACAAGGGCUCAGAGCUUUGUUUCACUGACUUUGAGACUGAGGAUGGCUUUAUUCCGGUCUGCAGCUUGGGGCUUUCACAGGUGGGUCGGAUGAACCUGGGCAAGGAUGCCAGCACGUUCAAGUACUACACCAUGUGUGGCCUGCAGGAGGGCUUCGAACCUUUCGCUGUCAACAUGAACAGAGAAGUCACCAUGUGGUUCAGCAAGCGUUUGCCUACUUUUGUCAAUGUUCCAAAGCAUCACUGUCAUAUUGAGGUUACACGGAUCGACGGCACUGUGGACGGCCCGCCUUGUCUGAAAGUGACACACAAGACAUUUGGAACACAGAACAGCAACGCUGACAUGGUUUUUCUCCGCCUGAGCAUGCCUGUGGAGUUCCACCCCACCAUCAGGAACAGCGCCAGCGCUGAUGUGAACGGCGUGCACGAUGAGGAGCCGCUCAAACUCCGACAUAGGCAUCCUGUGAAAUCUCUGAAACAUACAGAGGACAUGAGGAGAAGUGACUAUAGUAGCAUAACCUCUUACUACCACUCGGUCAGGGUGUUUGCUGGUCAAGAUCCCUCCUGCGUGUGGGUUGGCUGGGUCACCCCUGACUACCAUUACUACAGUAACCUGUUCAACCUCAGCAAGAACCGGACUGUGACCGUUACACUGGGGGACGAGCGAGGCCGGGUCCAUGAGAGUGUAAAGAGGAGUAACUGCUACAUGGUGUGGGGAGGGGACAUCUUUAGUGUGAACCAUUCCUCCAGCCGCAGUAAUGUGGAUUUAGAGAUCGGUUGCCUAAUCGAUUUGGCUACUGGCUUGGUGGCCUUUAUUGUCAAUGGCAAAGAGCUGGCAACCUCAUAUCAGGUGGAACCCAACACAAAGCUUUUCCCUGCUGUGUUUGUACGACCCACCAGUCCGAAUCUGUUCCAGUUUGAGCUAACCAAGAUCAAGAACGCCAUGCCUUUAUCAUCAGCAAUCUUCAAGAGCGAGCACAAGAACCCGGUCCCGCAGUGCCCACCGCGGCUGGACGUCCAGACCAUCAAGGCAGUGCUGUGGAGCCGGAUGCCCAACACUUUCCUGAAGGUGGAAACAGCCCGCGUGAGCGAGAGGCAUGGCUGGCAGGUGCAGUGCCUGGAACCCCUGCAGAUGCUGGCCGUGCAUAUACCAGAGGAGAACCGGUGUGUGGACAUCAUGGAGCUCUCUGAGCAGGAAGACCUCCGCAAGUUCCAUUACCACACACUAAAGCUCUAUUGCGCACUCUGUGCCCUCGGCAACACUCGCAUAGCCCACGCACUUUGUAGCCACCUGGACCAAUCCCAGCUCCUCUACACCAUUGACAACCAAUACUUGUCGGGGAUGCUGCGCGAAGGGUUCUACAACGUGCUCAUCAGCAUCCACCUGGAGACAGCCAAAGCUGCCAGACUCAUGAUGAACAAUGAGUUCAUCAUCCCAGUCACUGCAGAGACCCGUAGCAUCCGGCUUUUUCCGGAUGCCUCCAAGCGCCACCAGCCUCCAGGUGUGGGACUGAGCACAUCCCUAAAACCCAGACUCAGUUUUGCUCCACCUUGCUUCAUCACCACCAAACGUGACCAGCACCUCUACAGUCCCGAAAUCCCCUUGGAUGUUCUGAGGGAGAAAGCAAUUAGCAUGCUAACAGAGGCCGUCCAAGGAGGAGGGGACCACAUCCGGGACCCGGUUGGGGGCAGUGUGGAGUACCAGUUUGUGCCCAUUCUACGGCUCAUUUGCACACUACUGACCAUGGGUGUGCUAGCCAGUCAGGACGUUCACAAGAUCCUGCUCCUGAUUGAGCCAAGUGUAUUUGGAGAGCAGAGGGAGGACAUGGUGGGUGAGGCCAUGGAGAAGGAGGGUGUGACGGGGGCAGAGGAGAAGGCCGUGGAGGCCGGGGAGGAGGAAGCCAAAGACACAAAGCCACCAAUCAGAGGUCUGCUGCAGAAGAAGCUGCCAGAGUCAGUCAAACGGCAGAUGUGUGAACUUCUUCACUACUUCUGUGACUGUGAGCUAAGACACCGCAUUGAAGCCAUCGUGUCCUUCUCUGAUGGCUUCGUAUCAAAGCUACAAUACAACCAGAAGUUCCGAUACAACGAGCUAAUGCAAGCUCUCAACAUGUCAGCUGCUGUCACCGCCAAGAAGACCAAAGAGUUCCGGUCACCUCCGCAGGAGCAGAUCAACAUGUUGCUGAACUUCAGUAUGGGAGAGGACUGUCCAUGCCCGGAAGACAUACAGGACGAGCUCUAUGACUUUCAUGAUGAGCUCCGUCUACACUGUGGUAUUCCUAUGGAAGAGGAGGAAGAGGAGCAGGACACAUCCAUCAAAGGCCGCCUGCUAGCCCUGGUCUACAAGAUCAAGGGACAGCCACACAAAGAGAGACCGCUGGAGAAAGAGCAAGCCGCCCCAUCCAACCUGAAGGAGCUGAUCUCCCAGACCAUGGUGAGCUGGGCUCAGGAGAGCCACAUCCAGGACCCGGAGCUGGUGCGUGUCAUGUUCAGCCUGCUGCGUCGGCAGUACGACAGCAUUGGUGAGCUGCUGCGUGCCAUGCGUAAGAGCUACACCAUCAGCGCCGCCUCUGUGCACGACACAAUCCACCUGCUGGCUUCGCUGGGCCAGAUCCGCUCACUACUCAGCGUGCGCAUGGGUGAGGAGGAGGAGCGGCUCAUGAUCGAUGGCCUGGGUGACAUCAUGAACAACAAGGUGUUCUACCAGCACCCCAACCUGAUGAGGGUACUGGGCAUGCACGAGACUGUAAUGGAAGUUAUGGUGAACGUAUUGGGGGGUGGCAAAUCUCAGGAAAUUGCCUUUCCUAACAUGGUGGCAAGCUGCUGCCGAUUCCUGUGCUACUUCUGCCGAAUCAGCCGCCAGAACCAGAAGGCCAUGUUUGACCACCUGAGCUACCUGCUGGAGAACAGCAGUGUGGGGCUGGCGUCUCCAUCCAUGAGAGGCUCCACACCUCUGGAUGUAGCUGCUUCCUCUGUGAUGGACAAUAACAGUCUUGCACUUGCACUCGAGGAGCCCGACCUUGACAAGGUGGUCACCUAUCUAGCAGGAUGUGGACUGCAGAGCUGUCCCAUGCUGCUCUCCAAAGGCUAUCCGGACAUAGGCUGGAACCCCAUCGAGGGGGAGCGCUAUCUCUCCUUCCUGCGCUUUGCUGUCUUCGUCAAUGGUGAGAGCGUGGAGGAGAACUCUAGCGUGGUGGUGAAGCUGUUGAUUCGUCGACCUGAGUGCUUUGGCCCCGCCCUCCGUGGAGAGGGCGGGAAUGGACUGCUGGCGGCCAUGAAAGAGGCCAUUAAAAUAUCGGAGAUGCCAGCACUGGACCUGCCCAGCAGCACCCAGGGUCUCACAUCAGAUGCGUCCACUGAGGAUGGUGAGGAGGAUGAGGUCGUCCACAUGGGCAAUGCCAUCAUGUCGUUCUACUCUGCCCUCAUCGACCUGCUGGGACGCUGUGCGCCUGAGAUGCACCUGAUUAAUAAGGGCAAAGGGGAGGCUGUUCGAAUCCGUGCCAUCCUGCGUUCUCUUGUGCCCAUCGAAGACCUGGUUGGCAUCAUCAGCAUCCCGCUCCAAAUGCCUGUCGUUAAUAAAGAUGGCAGUGUGACUGAGCCUGACAUGUCUGCCUCUUUCUGCCCGGACCACAAGGCACCCAUGGUGUUGUUUUUGGACCGGGUUUAUGGCAUAGAGGACCAGAGCUUCCUUCUGCACCUGCUGGAGGUGGGCUUCCUCUCCGACCUGCGUGCCGCAGCUUCUCUGGACACGGACACACUGAGGACCACUGAGACAGCUCUAGCAAUGAACCGCUACAUUGGCACAGCCAUGCUGCCGCUGCUCACUCGCUGUGCCCCCCACUUUGCCAGCACUGAGCACCAUGCCACGCUCAUCGACUCCACCCUCCACACCAUCUACCGGCUGUCCAAGGGCUCUGCACUCACCAAAGCUCAGAGAGACGCCAUUGAGGAAUGCCUGCUUGCUGUCUGUAGGCAUUUGAGACCCUCCAUGCUUCAGCAGCUGCUCCGUCGCCUGGUGUUUGACGUGCCUCUGCUGUCUGAGUACUGUAAAAUGGCUCUCAAGCUUUUAACGAACCACUAUGAGCAGAACUGGAAGUACUACUGCCUUCCAUCUGGUUGGGGCAGCUAUGGUAUGGCUUCUGAGGAAGAGCUGCUCCUCACCAAGAAGAUCUUCUGGGGGAUCUUCGAUUCACUCUCCCAAAAGAAGUAUGACCAGGAGCUAUUUAAGAUGGCCAUGCCAUGUCUGAGUGCUCUAGCUGGUGCGCUGCCUCCAGACUACAUUGACUGCUCUAUCUGCACUGCACUGGAAAAGCCAGUCUCAGUGGAUGCACAGGGCAGCUUCGACCCUAGGCCCAUCAGCACCGCCAACAUCUCCCUCCCAGAGAAGCUGGAUUACAUUGCUAAUAAGUAUGCUGAGCACUCUCAUGAAAAAUGGUCCUCGGAGAAGGUAGUUCUGGGCUGGAGGUAUGGAGAUGCCAUGGAUGAGAAAGGAAGGACUCAUCCCAUGCUGAGAUCUUAUAAGUCACUCACAGAAAAGGAAAAGGAGGUUUACCGCUUCCCAGUGAAGGAGUCUUUGAGGAGCAUGCUAGCCAUGGGCUGGAACAUUGACAGGACCAAAGAGGGAGAAACCAUGUUUCAGCAACGGGAGAAAGAGAAAAUGCGUAACAUUUCCCAAACCUCUCAGGGCAGUGGCUUCAACCCGAGCCCAGUCGACAUGAGCAACGUGCUGCUGUCCCGAGAACUGCAGGCUAUGGUGGAGGUGCUGGCUGAAAACUACCACAAUAUUUGGGCCAAAAGAAAAAAGAAUGACUUGGGCACGAAAGGUGGAGGAACACAUCCUUUGUUGGUGCCAUAUGACACCCUUACAGCCAAAGAGAAAUCCAGAGACCGAGAGAAGGCACAGGAACUGUUCCGCUUCCUGCAGAUUAAUGGCUAUGCCAUUACUAGAGGUAUAAAAGACAUGGAGCAGGACUCUUUCUCAAUGGAAAAAAGGUUUACCUAUAAAUUCCUCAGGAAGCUGCUGAAGUAUGUGGAUUCUGCACAGGAGUUCAUUGCUCACCUGGAGGCCAUGGCUAGCAGUGGAAAGAAUGACAGGUCACCUCAUGAGCAAGAAAUCAAGUUCUUUGCCAAGGUUCUUCUUCCUCUGAUAGACCAGUACUUCAAGAACCACUCUCUCUAUUUCCUGUCCUCACCCAGCAAGAACCUAAGCAGCAGUGGCUAUGCUUCCAACAAGGAGAAAAGAGAUGUCUUCAGCCUUUUCUGUAAGCUGGCAGCUCUUGUUAGACACAGGAUCUCUCUCUUUGGAAGCGAUUCAGCCACAAUGUGAGCUGCCUUCAUAUCCUGGCACACCACACUUGACACCAGGACAGUGAUGAAGUCAGGCUCAGAGCUGGUGAAGGCGGGCCUAAGAACAUUCUUUGAGAACGCGGCGGAGGACUUAGAGAAGACCCUAGAGAACCUGAAGCUAGGCAAGUUCACGCACUCCCGCAGCCAGAUGAAGGGUGUGUCGCAGAACAUCAACUACAUUACAGUGGCCCUACUACCCAUCCUCACUGCCCUCGAGCACAUCACCGAGCACCAGUUCGGCACAGACCUGCUGCUGGAUGAUGUCCAGGUGUCAUGCUAUAGGAUCUUGACCAGCCUGUACUCACUGGGAACUGGCAAGAACAUCUAUGUGGAAAGACAGCUUCCGGCUCUGGGGGAGUGUUUGGCCACCCUUGCUGGAGCCAUGCCAGUAGCAUUUCUGGAGCCUGAUCUCAACUCAUACAACCCCUGCUCUGUGUUCAACACCAAGACAGCGCGGGAACGUGCCAUCCUUGGCAUGCCAGACGCCGUGGAAGAGAUGUGUACUGAGGUGCCUCGCCUGGACCGCCUGAUGAAGGACAUCAACGACAUGUCCGAGUCGGGCGCCCGCUAUACAGACAUGCCCCAUGUCAUUGAGGUGGUGCUGCCAAUGCUGUGCAACUACUUGUCCUACUGGUGGGAGAGAGGGCCUGAGAGCCACCCUGCAAGCACAGGCACCGCAUGCAGCACCACCGUCACCUCUGAGCACCUCAGUGUCAUCCUGGGCAACAUCCUAAAGAUCCUCAACAGUAACCUAGACGACGAGGCUUCUUGGAUGAAGAGGAUAGCAGUGUAUGCCCAGCCAAUUAUCAGUAAGGCAAGGGCAGACCUUUUGAAGACGCAUUUCCUGCCUACACUGGAAAAGCUGAAGAAGAAGACUGUGAAGGUAGUGGUGGAGGAGGAGCUUCUAAAAGCUGACAGCAAGGGUGACACCCAGGAGGCGGAGCUUCUCAUCCUGGAUGAGUUUGCAGUACUGUGCAGGGAUCUGUAUGCCUUCUAUCCCAUGCUCAUCCGCUAUGUGGAUAACAAUAGGUCACGCUGGCUGAAAGAGCCUGAUGCUGACUCCAAUGAGCUCUUUAGGAUGGUGGCAGAAAUCUUCAUCCUCUGGUGCAAGUCACAUAACUUUAAGAGAGAGGAGCAGAACUUUGUCGUGCAGAACGAGAUCAACAACCUCUCCUUCCUCACCGGGGACACCAAGACCAAGAUGUCCAAGUUGUUUCUGCCGAAGGUAGGAGGACAGGACCAAGAGAGGAAGCACAAGAAGCGACGUGGCGAGUUAUACUCCAUUCAGACCUCCCUCAUAGUGGCCGCCCUGAAGAAGAUGCUGCCCAUUGGCCUCAACAUGUGCACGCCUGGUGACCAGGAGCUCAUCUCAUUGGCUAAGAUGCGCUACGGCCUGAAAGAUACAGAUGAAGAGGUAAAGGAGCACUUGAAACAGAAUAUGCACCUGCAAGAGAAAUCGGAGGACCCUGCUGUGAGGUGGCAGCUUAACCUGUAUAAGGACGUAGUGGUGAAGAACGAGGGGCCUCCCGACCCACAGCGAACAGUGGAGCGCCUCCAGACCAUCUCAGCUGCUGUGUUCCACCUCGAGCAGGUGGAGCAGCCGUUGAGGUCCAAGAAGUGUGUGUGGCAAAAGCUACUGUCCAAACAACGGAAGCGGGCAGUAGUCGCCUGCUUCCGCAUGGCCCCCCUGUACAACCUACCCAGGCAUCGUUCUAUUAACCUGUUCCUCAUGGGCUAUCAGAGAAUAUGGAUAGAGACAGAGACGUACUCUUUUGAAGAGAAGCUAGUGCAGGAUCUGGCAAGGACACAGCGUAAAGGGGAGGAGGAGGAGGAGGAGGUAGCUGAAGUGCAGCCAGACCCUCUUCAUCAGCUCAUUCUGCACUUUAGUCAUAAUGCUCUGACAGAGAGAAGCUCACUAGAAGAGGAUCCACUGUACAUAGCAUAUGCAGACAUGAUGGCCAAGAGCUGUGCUGAAGAUGAAGAAGAGGAGGAAGAAGGAAAAGAAAAAACUUUUGAGGAAAAGGAGAUGGAAAAACAGAAGACACUGUAUCAGCAGGCAAGAUUACAUGACAGAGGGGCUGCUGAGAUGGUUUUACAGAUGAUAAGUGCCAGCAAAGGUCGACUAGGUGCCAUGGUAACCUUCACUCUCAAGUUGGGUAUCUCCAUUCUCAACGGGGGCAACAUUUUAGUCCAGCAGAAAAUGCUGGACUAUCUAAAGGACAAGCGAGAUGCUGGCUUUUUCAAGAGUCUGUCUGGGCUGAUGCAGUCAUGCAGUGUGCUGGACCUGAAUGCAUUUGAGAGACAUAACAAAGCUGAAGGACUGGGCAUGGUAACUGAGGAAGGCUCAAUCAACGUGAGGGAGCGGGGUUCCAAGGUGCUCCAGAAUGAUGAGUUCACUAAAGACCUUUUCAGGUUCUUGCAGCUACUCUGCGAGGGCCACAACAAUGACUUCCAGAACUUUCUGAGAACUCAGACUGGAAACACAACUACUGUUAAUAUUAUUAUAAGCACAGUGGACUAUCUUCUUCGACUACAGGAGUCCAUCAGUGAUUUUUACUGGUAUUAUUCGGGCAAAGAUGUCAUGGAUGAGGCUGGACAGCAUAAUUUCUCCAAGGCCUUGGCUGUAGCCAAGCAGAUCUUUAAUUCCCUCACUGAAUAUAUCCAGGGUCCAUGUGUCGGCAACCAGCAGAGUCUGGCCCACAGCAGGUUAUGGGAUGCAGUGGUAGGAUUUCUGCACGUCUUUGCCAACAUGCAGAUGAAACUGUCACAGGACUCCAGCCAGAUUGAGUUACUGAAGGAGCUGCUGGAUCUGCAGAAGGACAUGAUAGUCAUGUUGCUUUCCCUUCUGGAAGGUAAUGUUGUAAAUGGAACCAUCGGCAAACAGAUGGUGGACACCUUGGUGGAGUCCUCCAGCAAUGUGGAGAUGAUCCUCAAAUUUUUCGAUAUGUUUCUCAAACUCAAGGACCUCACCUCUUCUGACAGUUUCAAAGAGCAUGACUCUGAAAGCAAGGGAGUCAUUUCCAAAAGAGAAUUCCAGAAGUCAAUGGAAAACCAGAAGCAGUACUCUCAGUCUGAGAUUGAGUUCCUGCUUUCUUGUGCUGAAGCAGAUGAGAAUGACAUGUUCAACUAUGUGGAGUUUGUGAAGCGUUUCCAUGAGCCAGCCAAGGACAUUGGUUUCAAUGUAGCCGUAUUGCUCACCAACCUGUCCGAACACAUGCCCCACGAUUCCCGUCUGGCCACCUUCCUGAACCUGGCUGAGAGUGUCCUUAAUUAUUUUGAGUCAUUCCUAGGCCGCAUUGAGAUCAUGGGUGGUGCCAAGCGAAUUGAGAGGGUCUACUUCGAGAUCAGCGAGUCCAGCAGGACCCAGUGGGAGAAGCCACAAGUCAAGGAGUCCAAGCGGCAAUUCAUAUUCGAUGUAGUCAAUGAAGGCGGUGAGUCAGAGAAGAUGGAGCUCUUUGUCAACUUCUGCGAGGACACCAUUUUCGAGAUGCAGCUGGCCUCACUCAUCUCUGAGCCAGACGCCACCGAGCGGGCAGAGGAGGACGAGGAUUACUGGCAGAGUGUGGGUGAAGAGCCUGAGGAGGAGGAGGAGGAGUGCACACGGGAGUCCUCCUCAGCAUUUGCUGCAGCCUGUGUCUCAGCCAGGAGGAGUCUCUGUGGCCUGCAGAAGCUGCUCACCCUGCGGAGCAUGCGAAGGCAAUACAAGAAGUUCCGGAAGAUGAGCAUGAGGGAGACAGUACGUGGGUUCUUCUCCUUUUUCUGGAUGAUCUUCACGGGGCUGCUCCACUUCCUUCGCAACCUCGUGUGGGGCUUCUUCCACAUACUGUGGUCCACCAUGUUUGGCGGGGGCCUGGUGGAAGGCGCAAAGAACAUGAAGGUGACAGACAUCCUCGGCAACAUGCCUGACCCCACGCAGUUCGGCAUCCAUGGGGACGUCCUGGAGACAGAGAAGCUGGAGGCGAGUGAGGCUUCCUUGGUGGCAGAGAUCGGCCAAAUGGUGCAGGGCGAGCAGGGCGACAUGGACCUCAUGUCGGAGCUGCUGAUCAUCCAGCCCAAGAAAGAGGGGGGAAAGCAUGGGACUGAGCCUGGCCUGGGAGAUGUCUCUGAAGUGGUUGGGGCAGACUCUCCAUCCCUAGUUGCUGCUGUGCGGCAGAAAAAGGCCCAGGAAGCUGCAAGCAAGAAGGCAGUAGACACUGAAUCAAAAACAGAAUCUGAAAAAGCAGACACAGAGGAUGGCGAGAAGAAAGACCAAGACAAAGGCAAGGAAGAGUCUACCAUCGAACUCCCAUCAGAUGAAGAGAAGAGGCCAACUAAGAGGAGACAUGGACAGAAGAAGGAACAGCCAGAGGCCUUCAUGGCCAGCUUUUUUGCUGGCCUGGACAUCUACCAGACCAAGAUUUUAAAUUACCUGGCACGAAACUUCUACAACCUACGAUUCCUGGCCCUGUUUGUGGCAUUUGCCAUCAACUUCAUCCUGCUUUUCUAUAAGGUCACUGGUGAGGAGUCUGAGGAGGUGGACCCUUGGACCAGGAGAGGUGAUGAGGAAGAGGAAGGUGUUGUGGAGUAUUUUGUGCUACAGGAGAGCACUGGCUAUAUGGCACCUACGUUACGCUUUCUAGCUGUACUACACACUAUCAUCUCCUGCCUCUGUGUGCUGGGGUACUACUAUCUGAAGGUGCCCCUGGUGGUAUUUAAGCGGGAGAAGGAAAUUGCCAGAAAACUUGAAUUUGAUGGUCUUUAUAUCACUGAGCAGCCUUCUGAUGAUGACAUCAAAGGGCAAUGGGACAGACUUGUGAUUAAUACGCCAUCCUUCCCAAAUAACUACUGGGAUAAGUUCAUCAAACGCAAGGUGAUCAAUAAAUAUGGUGACUUGUAUGGGGCGGAGCGGAUUGCUGAGCUGCUCGGUCUGGACAAGAGUGCUCUGGACUUCAACCCCACUGAGGAGACUGUAAGCAAAGCGGCCUCCUUGGCAUCCUGGUUAAGUUCUAUCGACACCAAAUAUCAUAUCUGGAAAAUGGGCGUGGUGUUCACAGACAAUUCUUUCCUGUAUUUAGUGUGGUACACCACCAUGUCCGUCCUCGGCCACUACAACAACUUCUUCUUUGCUGCUCACCUGCUGGACAUCGCCAUGGGCUUCAAGACACUGAGGACCAUCCUCUCCUCAGUCACCCACAAUGGCAAACAGCUGGUACUAACUGUAGGACUGCUGGCUGUAGUAGUCUAUCUUUACACUGUAGUGGCCUUCAACUUCUUCCGAAAGUUCUACAACAAGAGUGAAGACGAGGACGAGCCAGACAUGAAAUGUGACGAUAUGAUGACCUGUUAUCUGUUCCACAUGUAUGUGGGUGUGCGUGCCGGUGGUGGAAUAGGGGAUGAGAUCGAGGACCCAGCUGGAGACCCCUACGAACUUUACCGCAUCCUCUUCGACAUCACAUUCUUCUUCUUUGUCAUCGUCAUCCUCCUGGCCAUCAUACAGGGUUUGAUAAUUGAUGCAUUUGGAGAAUUGAGAGACCAGCAGGAGCAGGUCAAAGAAGACAUGGAGACCAAAUGCUUCAUCUGUGGCAUUGGAAAUGACUACUUUGACACCACUCCACAUGGCUUUGAGACACACACUUUACAAGAGCACAACUUGGCCAACUACCUGUUCUUUCUCAUGUAUCUCAUCAACAAGGAUGAGACUGAGCACACAGGCCAGGAGUCCUACGUGUGGAAGAUGUACCAGGAGCGGUGCUGGGACUUCUUCCCGGCUGGAGACUGCUUCCGCAAGCAGUACGAAGACCAGCUGGGCUAGAGCCUUCAGCCGUCUCCACCAAGCCAGCAGCCAUGCACAAACUGCUCUGCUCGCAUUUGGAUUCUGACCACUGACACCCCUCCAACCACCUAACAAAUUGGCCUUUGCGGUUGCAUACCAACUUGUGGGAGGAGCUGAGAUGCCAGUAUUUGUUUUAGUAUGACAUAAUAUGAUAUGUCGGCAUCAGAAGUCCCAGUUGUUACCUCUGUUGACAGUGCCAAUGUGAAGGAGACUCGUCUUGUGAUUCUCAAACCCUUAUCUUGAAAUUUGGGAGGGUUUUUUCCCCUUUUUUUCUUGGAAAGACAAGCAAGUAAAAAAUAACAUGUUGCCUUUCUUGCGCAUAACCCUGGAAACAUUGCACAAUGUUUUUACGUCUUUUGAGAGCUGCAGGGUUGUGUUGGGUUAUUAAACAACAUGUGAGUCUGUUUCCUGAUAUGCACAAGAAUACUAUUUCAGUUUUUGGAGAGAAUGGAGAUUAAAUAGAUGCCAAAAGUGAGGGAGAAUUAUGUGAAGAGUACAUGCAUUUAUGAGAUGUGUUCAGAU